AUGGCAGAGGCAAAAAGAAAGAGAUAUGACAUUUUAGCAUACCAAGCUAAUUACCAAGAGGGUGCUGCUUUGGUGUACAAAAUACCAUCCAACAGCACUUUCGCUUCCAAGAAGGUGAUUAAUUGUAUCGGUAUCGCACUGAGCUGGCGCAAUUCCGCAAUUUCAUGUGGUGAUUGCAUCAUCAGUUUCAAGAUGGCAGCGCCCAUGGAGCACACGAGCAGCGGAAGUUCCGAGCAGAAACAGAGUAAAAAAAGACCAUGCAGAGCAUGUACCGACUUCAGAAGCUUUGCUAAAGAUAAGGGAGUGAUGUUGCCGCCAGGUUUUCCAGUUCCAAAUGGAUCCAAUUCUCAGGGGGCCAUUCCUACUCAGGGUGAGAGGACGGACCGAGAAUGUCCGUUAGACCGUGAAGAGCUUGGUCGGAACACCUGGUCCUUCUUGCACACCAUGGCGGCUUACUAUCCAGACCAGCCGACUCAGACGCAGCAGUCGGAAAUGACACAGUUUAUUAAUCUCUUCUCAAAGUUUUACCCGUGUGAAGACUGUGCAGAGGACCUCAGGGAAAAAUUAAAGACAAACCAACCAGAUACAAGUACAAGGCAAAACCUCUCGCAGUGGUUCUGCAGGCUACAUAAUGAUGUCAGUAGGAGAUUGGAAAAGCCCAUCUUCGAUUGCUCAAAGAUCGAUGAACGAUGGUUAGAUGGAUGGAAAGACGGGUCAUGUGACUGGUGACAUCGUCGUUUUGAUGGACCGAUGGAAUUACAAGAUACAACCUCUCACAAUAGUUUUGUAGGCUUCACGAUGAGGUUUGUAGGUUGGAAAAAGCCAACUUUGAUUGUUCCAAGAUUGAUGAACGAUGAAUGGAAGGGUGGGUCAUGUGACUGGUGACAAUGUUGUUUCGAUGGACCAUUGGAAUUACAAGACACGACAACAUUUCGGAACGAUUCUGCUGGCUUCCCAAUGACGUUAUUAGGAGAUUGAAAAGGCCUAUUUUUGACAGCUCAAGGAUUGAUGAACGAUGGUUGGAUAGAUGUAAGGAUGGGUCAUGUGACUAGUGACAUUGUUUUGAUGGACCGAUGGAAUUACAAGACAUAAUCUGUUGUAAUGGUUCUGAAGGCUUGACAAUGAUCUUAGUAGGGUCAUGUGACUGAUGACAUCAUUGUUUUUAUUGACCAAUAUAAUUGAAUAAUCAUGUACUCUUGGAUGUGCCAGAAAGUGGACAAUAUAAUAAGGAUCAAAUGAUUUAGAAAAUGAAAUGUAGGAAGCUAUUCAAUAUAUCAUAAUAAUGGUGAAUUUUUUUAAAGAGAAAUAUAGGCAAAUCAAAUAUACAAGUAUUUCUGGUCGUGAGUAGAAUGGAGAAACUUCCUAAAAAUUUGUAAAGUUGAAUGCACUAAAUAAUAACAAUAUACGCCCUAAAUUUUUGAACUCCCACACUCUUGUGCACAGAAGUGAAUUUAAUUGGCUACUCACGUAUUGGUGCCCUGACCGUAAUUACAGCAAUUAAAAAAAAAAAUCAUAAUUUGAUUGAGUAAAGGGCAUGUGAAAAUAAUCUGUCUCCAUAAAUAUUAUGGAACAUCUGAUGUCCGGGGUUAUAAUAAAUCUGUAAAGGGCUAAUAGACAUUGUUUGGAUGUAUUAAGCAUAUUAAACACUAAUUUAUUAAUAAUUUUAUUCUCCAUUCAUGCAAUAUAUGUUUGGUCUUAUUUUCUCUCCAACCAUUGUAUUAUUAUUUGCCU